GGCAACAACUACUUUUUAAGGACCAGUGGGGCGGUAUAAGCUUGAUGUGUGCUUCCAAUCUUACAAUUAAAACGUUGAUGUCAAAUCAAACUUAUACACGAUUAAAUCCGGCACGUUUUCAACUUUCACCCGACCACAAAUAUUUACUGCUCGCACAAAAUGUACAGAAGUUGUUUCGACAUUCCUAUCUGGCCCAAUACAUCGUAUACGACGUGGAUACUGGAAACGAAUUCGCAAUCCGGCCAACACCAGAUAUCGACGAGCACCCAUACCUUCUCUUUGCCGAAUGGUCACCACGCGGACAAGGGUUGGUCAUGGUGCAUAAUUACGACAUUUACUACAGAAUGUCCCCCACAUCGCACGCGGCGUAUCGGCUAACUAAUACAGCAGUCCCAGGUGUUGUAAGCCACGGUGUGCCCGAUUGGCUGUAUGAAGAGGAAAUACUAGGCACCAACAACGCAAUUUGGAUCUCAAACGAUGGCCACAUGAUCGUUUACGCUUCGUUUAAUGAUAGUUUAGUAGAAGAAUUAAAAUUUCCAUGGUAUGGAUCGCUUACGGAAGGCAGACUGUAUCCCGAUAUUCGCUCUUUGCGUUACCCAAAGCCUGGAACCAGAAAUCCGCAAGUUACACUUACAGUAGCUGAUCUCGCAGAUCCUUCAAACAUCCGGACGAGACAAGUAAAGCCCCCUGCUGCUCUCGCAAACACCGAAUUUUAUUUUACGGCAGUUUCAUGGAUCAGCCUAACGGAAAUUUGCGUUGUAUGGUUGAAUCGACCUCAAAACUUAUCUAUAAUAUCCAUAUGUAAAACUCCCAUGUGGAAUUGUCAAGAGACGCAGCGCAUUACAACCGACGGCCCAGGUUGGGUGGAUAUGGGAGAUAGUCCCUUAUUUGGAAGGGAUAGCGCGAAUUACAUAACAGUGGCUCCCGUAAGAGACGGCCCUGCUGGAUAUUUCAAACAUGCCGUAGCAGUGAAUAUUCCUAAAGGACGCAUUUUACCAUUAACGCAUGGAAAGUUCGAAGUGACACGACUAUUAGCUUGGGAUCAUUCAGACGAUGUCGUAUACUUCUUGGGAAUUCCAGAGGGAAAGCCAGGCGAACAACACCUGUACCGUGCAACUUCAGUCCCCCCUCGAACUGGGGCAACUCUACAACCACCCGUAUGUCUUACGUGCACAACAGAUUUGCCAGCCACAUCACUGCCGUACAUUGAAUUUGCUUCGGAGGCACUGACUUCCAAAACACGUCAAUGGGACGACGAUUGGAUCGAAGAGGAACUGACAAUAACCACACCACCACCUCGUCGAAAACGCAAUAAAAAGGAACCCAAAGCGCAAUUAGAUCCACCCUGUUUAUAUCACAACGCGAUCUUCAGUCCGAAUGCCGCUUACUUUGUUUUAGAAUGUCUAGGUCCCGGUAUCCCAUCGUGUGCGUUACACAGGGCGUCGAUGGCCAAACCGAAAGCCCUAAUGAUUCUACAAAACAACACGAUACUAAGAGACCGGGUUUCGAAAAUGGCGCUACCGCAAAUAAAAACGUUUCCGGUACAAAUUUCCGGCGGUUAUCAAGCGCACGUGCGAUUGCAUUUACCGCCAGGUUUAAGGGAAGACGAAAUCACCAGGUAUCCGUUAGUUGUUCAGGUAUACGGAGGACCGGGCAGUCAACUCGUCACUGAAAGAUGGCGUAUUGAUUGGAACACCUAUUUAUCCGGCAAUAAAGAUUUCAUAAUCGCCCAAAUUGAUGGACGAGGUUCCGGGGGACAGGGUCAGCAGCAUUUGCAUAAGGUUUACUAUAAGUUGGGAACGAUCGAAGUUUCCGACCAGUUGGAGGUUACAGAGUAUUUAAGGGAUACGUUACAUUUCAUCGAUAAGAGGAGGGUCGCUGUCUGGGGAUGGAGUUACGGAGGUUUUGUUGCCGCUUUAGCACUUGCAACUCCCAAAAGUGUUUUUCAAUGUGCAAUCGCGGUCGCGCCAGUUACUAGUUGGAAACUUUACGAUUCAGCGUAUACCGAGCGAUACAUGGGACUACCCAACGUAACCGACAAUUACAAAGGCUACGACGAAGCGGAUGUUAGCAAAAAAGCCCAACAGCUUAAAGAUAAAAUGUUUUAUUUGGUGCACGGAUCCGCCGACGACAACGUGCACUUACAGCAAUCGAUGGCUUUAGUGAAAGCACUAUCGGAAGCCGGCACGCUCUUUAGGCAACAGAUUUACCCCGAUGAGAGUCAUGGUCUCGGUGGCGUGAAAAAGCAUUUGUACAGAAGUAUGGGUCAAUUUCUGGAUGAUUGCUUCAGGAAGCAAGUGCCUCCGGAAUUUAAAACGGGUUUGAGAAACGACGAGGAAUAACCCGUCUUGCAAAAGUAAUAAUCAACCCCAAAAUUUUUUUCGAUGCCUCCCUAACGAAUUUUUGACGUUAAAUUGGCAUCAAUAGCGUUUUGUGAUUCUCAAUUAGAGAACCCAUACCCAAUACCCAUUGUAACAAAUGGGGUGUUCAUUCUAAUCAAUCACUACUUUUAAAUAGAUUCCUUUAUUGGUUGUUAUUUAUUAAUCAAGAUGAAUGUGCAAAGCAUCCUUCACAUUUUAGGAUGUUUAGUGAUGUAAGUGCCAAAUUUUGAAAAGAAUUAGAGUGAAUGUUAGAAUAUGGCAAAAUGGAGUGUUUGCGUAAUUCAAGGAUAAGUAAUUGCUUGCUUGCAUCUCAUACUUUUAUCUGGAUGGUAGGCUGAUUGAACACUGUCUAAUAUUUUGUACUAUUCUUUAUAAGACACCCCUUAUAGUGUAGACGAAUAAAUGAUGGAAUUCCAUACUAUACAAUCGCAGAAUAGAAACAAAAAAUGUCUGCAAUUCUUUUCCGUUGCUCAUUUUUCAAUAUUCAUGUGUGUUUGUGGUAGUGUAUUAUUAGCUAAAAGCUUUGUUUCAAUCGAAUUUCAAUACUAAAGCAAUACUUGAAUUCAGGGCAGCUUUUCCUCCAGACAAUAAAGUACAAUUAGAGUCAAAAACUAAGAGGUUUUAGUGUGGCCUUAAAGGAAAGUGACUUAGUUAAUGUUUCUUGUAGUAGGGUAGCUAUAAAAACUAACCUGUGAUUUCUCUGCAUAUUACAAACAAUGCUACCAACUGUCUUUUUCUUAAAAUCAAAAUCGUUUGACUCUAAUUUUGUAGGUCUCAUCCUAUCCCCUUGUCUUAUUUAUUGAAUUACGUAAACGCGACAUUACGAAUAAACAGUAUUACAUCAACAAUUUGAUAGUUGUGCACUACAUAUCCUUCACAAGUGCUUACAAUAAGCUUCUUGUUUUUAUUAAAGAAAGCGUACAAUGCGUGAGUAAAUACUACAAUUCAUAGUCAAUAAAUUUAGAUAGACUUGUGAAUAUUAGCCUGUAAUUUACAUUUAGCUAAUGAUAAUUAGAAAAGACCAAACUCUUGCAUUGACUAUUGUAGAUAUACCAUAUAAGUAUUUAUAGGACCUCAUUCUCUCAUUUUUGACAUCUACGCCUCUAAAAUAGCAUAUUUCUGACAGCGAGCAAUAAUUACCUAAAUGAUCCCACCCUUUCAUUCUUUCUCUUGUAAUUUUUGAGCACUCCAUCAAGAUUGUAAGAGUUUCUUUAUAUAAAGAUCCUAUAAUUCGUAAGCCGAACAGGUAAGGGUCCAAUUGAUAUGUAUAGCUUAUUUAAAUGUUACCAUCACCGCUUUUAGAUAACCUAAGAGUUUAUUUUCCUCCUCAAUUUCUCUCCAAUCUAGGCUCAGAAUAUACCUAAUGGCAAACAUUUUUGUCUUGUACAAUUUAGUGGUAGGGUUGUGAUAAACUUACGUGUUGUAAUAUAUCUUAUACAUAAGCUUUACGAUUGCUUCUAAAAGCGUAUUUUCUAAACAAAAUAGACAAAAAAAUCUAUUUUUCUUUGAGAGGUAGUGUGUAUCUUUUUAAAAGUCAUAGACAACUUUUCCCUUGAGAGGUUUAGAACUUCGAUAAGAGGUACCUACCUUUUAAUUGUGAGACCUAGGUAACUAGCGUUGUUUUAAGUGUGUUAGGUUAUACAUUCACAAUGGAUUUGUAUGCAAGACGGUUUUGUAGAUCUUUCUAGGACACGUACCUACCAAUUACUUUCAUGUAAAUAACAUUAUCGCUCAUUAUGUGAUUGUUACUAUAUAAUUGAAGUUUUGCUAGAUUUUAUCGAAAAAUUAAAUCGUAUUAUUGAAGUUAUAAAUUAUUAAAAUAAAUAAUAAAAUACC